UUUUAUCGUGGUUAAUCAAUUCUUCACAACAUAGAAUACUUUUAGGUUAUAACUUCCGUUUUUCUUUAUUUCGAUUACAUUUAAACAGCCAGCCAGUAUAAGUUAUUCAUCAAAUAGUUCACAAUAUGCUUACCCAGGAGUAUCUACACUCAAAAAAGGAGAACCUUUAACAUCAAUAAACGAAAGCUACGGGGGAACCAAACCACCGCUAAGCAAUGAUAACAAUAAUUCACAAAUUAGUAAACAGUAUAAAGAUCGAAGUUACCAUUCAACUUAUGAAGCACAUUUUCAAGCUACAGAUUGGGAAGAUUCUGCUAUACACAAUGGAGCAAUUCUAAUGUUUGCAAUGAAGUCUCGUUCUGGGUUAUCAAUAAAUAAGAUGUACUUUUCCAGCAGGAAUAUUACAAACAUAUCAAAUAAAAAUACAGAUUCCAAUGAAAUAACUAAUCAUACUACUGGCGACAUGGAUAUAAGUAGUAAGAUGUCAAAUAGUUGGUAUAAGCAUGAUUUAUUUGAUCAGUGGUACAGUGGAUCAUAUAAAUAUGUAUUAUUUGAAUUAUGGUCUAAUAAUAAUCCAGUCGUUCAACUAAGAUUCAAUGCACGAUACUCAGAUAAGUAUACAUGGUUCAAUAAAUUGUUUUUAAAAACUUCGUAUCCUUGGAAUGAAUAUGAACUUUUGGAAAAGGCUAAAUUCAUCCUCACAAGCAAUGAAGCAUUCUCCGUAGUUUUUGAUCCAAAUUAUAUUGUCCUUUUAUCAUCGGUUGAUUAUAGUACAAUUGAAAAGUUGAAGAGAGAACGAAUAGAUUGUGAAUUCCUACGAGGUUAUAUAUUAAUUGUUGACAAUCCUAACUCAGCAAUUUCCAGAUGUGAAUGGAAUAAUGCAAUCAAUUCGAAAUAUAAUAAUUUCCCAAACACCAGUAAUUAUCAUGAUUAUCCACAAAUUUUCUACACAUUGCCAAUAAAUUCACAUAAAGAAGAUAGUUUAAAUUAUCAGUUACCACCAAAAUUUUCAAAUUAUUUAUUUACAUUAUAUGAAGCUGAUGAACUACGUAUUUAUGUCAUACCAUAUGGGUUAAUGCCUAGUAAAAAUGAUGGCAUUUUAUUACCACAGCCUAACAAACUAUUAUUUGUCCUUGAUACAGGCAUCAAUUUAUCAUUUAAAAAAUUAUGGUAUCAAGAAAUAGCCAGUCCACCUAGUGCAUUUCCACUAAAACGUCAAAUCCUAUGCCAUUGUUGGUAUCGUAACGAGUUAUUAAACAACUGGUAUAAACCCAAAACACAUUAUCAUACGCAAAAUACCAACCAUUUUUUAACAUCGAAUUUAUUUUUUGGUUUCCAAAGUAUUAAGAUUGAAUUAUUUGAUCAAAUCGGUCAUGUGAAAUGUUGUUUAAUAUUUGAUACACAUGGUGCACAAGUAAAUUCUUGGUUUUCACUAACACGCUUAAAAUAUUCGUGGCCGUGGUCAAUUAAAACAUUAACUAAAUAUAAUUUUGUACAAUUUGGUGAUCAAAUAUUAACUAGUGGUAAGAAACAUUAUUUAUCGUUGAGAAAUUGGUCGAAUUUCAACUUUUGGAUUGGUAAACAAACGUUGUUAAUUGAACCAUCAUCCAAUGCAAACGAACUACUUAUGCAAUCAAAUGUUUAAGUAUAUUUCUAGUUUACAGUAAAAAUAAUGAAUCUGACCAUUUUAAAUUACCAGAAUGUAUGAAAGGUCAAACUAAUCUAUUUAAGGAUACAACCAAAUUAACAAUAUUAGCUUUUAAUGAAGAAUUAACAGAACUGAAGAAUAUGAAAAAAGCUCAACAAAUUACAAUCUGGUCAAAUUAAUAACAAAACCAUAAUACUUUAUAUAAUAAACAAACGUACAUAUAAUUUAUUUGUACCAAACGAAAAUCUUUACUGCUUAAAGGUUUAAUUUAUUAUUUGUGACAGUAUAUAUAUAUA